AGCUAGAUGUUAGUUGGAGUUUGGACAGUGGCCCUUUUGUUGGCUUUUCCAGCUUCAGGAAGCUUGUUCCUCGGUUCCUCAAGGCAUAAUUGCUGGGGAGGGUCGUUAGAUAUCAAGGAGGUCUAGUAUGCUUGGAGAAAGUGAUCCAUUAGAUGUAGUUCCAACAUCUACCAGCAGGGUAGAGAGCUAACAGCCAAACCUACAGGUGAAAUCACUCACACCCUUACACACCUGAAACAAUCAGUUCAGACAGACAGGCAUGGCUCAGUGAUCUCCAAUGUUCUCCACGUCCUCCACAAUCUCUCGCUUUCCUACUCCCCAAUCAUGGAGAACGCAACCAUAUACCUCCAGGAAGAUAUCAUGGACGCGUUCAGCACGAAGAGCCUGGCCCUGCAGGCCCAGAAGAAGCUCAUGAGCAAGAUGGCGACCAAGACGGUGGCCAACCUCUUCAUAGACGACACCAGCAGCGAGGUACUGGACGAGCUGUACCGGGUGACCAAAGAGUACACGCGCAACCGCAAGGAGGCCCAGAAGAUCAUCAAGAACCUCAUUAAGAUGGUGGUCAAGUUGGGCGUCCUCUACCGCAACGGCCAGUUCAACAACGAGGAGCUUGCGCUGGUUGAGCGCUUCCGGAAGAAGGUACACACGCUGGCGAUGACAGCCGUCAGCUUCUACCAGAUCGACUUCACCUUCGACCGCCGCGUCAUGAGCAACCUGCUCAACGAUUGCCGCGAACUGCUGCACCAGGCCAUCAACAGGCACCUGACGGCGAAAUCUCAUGGCCGUAUCAACCACGUCUUCAAUCAUUUCUCCGAUUGCGAGUUCCUUGCGGCGCUGUACGGACCUUCGGAAGUGUACCGUGGCCACUUGCAGAAGAUCUGUGAAGGAGUCAACAAGAUGCUGGAUGACGGCAAUCUUUGACCACGACCUGUCUUGUUUUAUGGAAAUGCUAAAUUUAUUUGAACAAUUUCUUUGUGUGUUUUAAAUGGAGCUUAAGCUCGGAAUAUCUCGUGCCUUAUUUGUGCAUUGGACACUAAAUCAUCUGUCUUGAAUGUACGUUUGUCCUUCCAAUGGAACGUCUUUCUUCUUGACUCCUGUAUUUUUAGAAAUGGGGGUUAGAGGUGGUUUACAGCACAAACCUAAUGUGACCCAAUACAAAUCUGGCUCUUGUUCGUCCAAAGGUAAUUUUAGAGAGCAGUUUGUUUAAGAUCCACCAUCAGAGGAAAUGAAGGACCAUUUGCAAACCUUUUUGAUGCUGAGAGGGUAUUUCAAGCACUGCAAAUACGAAAUGCACUGGGGGAUAUGUAUGAAAGGUUUCAUCUCUAAUUUUAGGAAAUGAGCCUGCAGCAUCACCCUCUCGCUUCCCGAAAAUAGACACGUUCAAUCCGCAACCCAAAAGGACUGUUUUUGGACAUGUCUCUUGUGAUUCAUCUUCAGGUUGAUGCUAAACUAUUUGUAAACGAUCACCCCUGUGAUUUCUAAACUUGGUCAUAAAGCGGUUUACGUUCAUCUUAUGCUUGUUUUUCCACUCCAUAUCGCCCCCUGCUGAUGGGAGGUCUUAACUGCGAUGCAAUUUCUUAUCAAGGAAUGAAGAAUGUGCUAGAAUGUCACUGUACUACCUUUCGGCGUGUUUAUUUACUGUUUUAAUGAAGGUUUUAUAUGUGUAAAUACACGACUGAGCCGUUAUUUCCCUGAUACGUCAUUUCUGAUUGUUUUUGACUUAUGUGAACAAAGAAUUCAACAACUUAAAGUCUCAAUGUCCCAUUUCUGCCAUCAGUUUGUUUUAGCUCCAGCGGUUUUGACAGAUUAUUUUGUCUAUUGUACUGGGUGUAUACAAGUUCAGAUCUUACUACAUCACCUCUGGGAUGUCGGUUACCACAAAAACAUUGCACAAGCUCCCAAAAAAUGUGCAUACAGAAAUGCUUUUAGUAGAAGUCUGAGGCAACUGUGUACUUGUCCCAUAGACUUACAUUGUAUGUGCAAAUCUGCCCACAUGUUUUAUGUUUGUACGUGUACCUGAUUUUAACCUAGAAUAUUCCAAACUUGUGUCUUUUUUACAAGUUGACAUACUGAAAGAAUCACAAAGUUUGAGGCCUAUAUAAGGCUCUUACUGAACAGUUUAAUGUUUCCUCCUGGCCUCAAAAACUUUAUUUUCCUGUAUCUAUGCACUUAUUAUUAUUAAUAUUGUUGUUAGUUUUUUAUUU